GCGGAUUUGGUGCUCUGUGAGAAGAAGAAAAAAAAAUCGGGAGAUCAUAUUUUUUUUGUGUGGGGGGGGGGAGAGUUUUCAGCACACGUCGCCCCGUUGUCCGCCGCGUUACUGGGAACAAUCCGCAUCGACGUGGUCGGUUGGCGUGUCCCGACUUGGAGUGACGGCUGUGUGGUCCUAUGAUUCCUCCUAAACAUUUCUUCUUUUUUUUUCUAAAAAAAAAAAAAAACUUACUACACCGUUAACUUUUAGUUAACGUUAAAUCGUGAACCGAUUUGCCAUUCGUUGGGGACGCCGAGGACAGCCCGGGGUUUCAAGAUGUCGGUAGCGGGCUUCAAGAAGCAGUUCUAUAAAGCCAGCCAGAUGGUGAGUGAGAAGGUCGGCGGUGCCGAAGGAACGAAACUAGACGAGGACUUCAAAGACUUGGAACGGAAAGUAGACGUGACCAGUAAAGCGGUAGUGGAGGUCAUCUCCAAAACCUCAGAAUACCUUCAGCCCAACCCAGCCUCGCGGGCCAAGCUGUCCAUGUUGAACACCAUGUCGAAGAUCCGCGGCCAGGUGAAGAACCCCGGCUACCCGCAGGCAGAGGGGCUGCUGGGGGAGUGCAUGGGCAAGUAUGGACGGGACCUCGGAGAGGAGACCAACUUUGGCGGAGCGCUGGUGGAUGUUGGAGAAUCCAUGAAGAGAUUGGCGGAGGUCAAGGACUCUCUGGAUAUCGAUGUGAAACAGAACUUCAUUGAUCCAUUGCAAGGGCUUUGUGAUAAAGACCUCAGAGAGAUACAGCAUCAUUUGAAGAAGCUGGAAGGCCGGCGCCUGGACUACGAUUACAAGAAGAAGCGCCAGGGAAAGAUCCCAGAUGAGGAAGUCCGACAGGCCCUGGAGAAGUUUCACGAGUCGAAGGAAGUGGCCGAGACGAGCAUGUACAACCUGCUGGAGACUGACAUAGAGCAAGUGAGCCAGCUCUCCUCCCUGGUGGAGUCCCAGCUGCAGUACCACAGACAGGCGGUGCAGGUGCUGGAGGAGCUUUCUGACAAACUCAAAGACAGGAUGAACGAUGCUCAGACCCGACCGAGACGGGAGUACACACCCAAACCCAAACCCAUCUAUGACUUCGGAGAAGACAACCAGUCGAAUGGCGGCUACUCCACCUCGGUGGCCCCUCCCCCUUCACGCAACUCGGCCCCGGAGCAGCCGUGCUGUAAGGCGCUUUACGACUUUGACCCAGAGAACGAGGGCGAGCUGGGCUUCCGCGAGGGCGACGUCAUCACCCUGACCAAUCAGAUCGACGAGAACUGGUACGAGGGCAUGCUGAACAGCCAGCCGGGGUUCUUCCCGCUCAACUACGUCGAGGUCCUCGUCCCGUUGCCACACUAAUUUUUGGAGAGAGCCGGGGAGGAGGAGGAGGAGGAGGAAGAGGAGGAGGGAGAGAGAGCGAGUAGAUUUAGGAGAGGGAGGAAAGCGAAGCCGAGGGCUGGUCCGCAGAAUAUUCAUUUUCACCCUUCAGCUCCGACGUCACCAUCACAGACGAGCACUUUUUGCUCUGGAGAAGGUCCAGAGCAGAGCAUCCACCCGUUUCCACCCAAAGGUAAAGAAUCUCAGGUGGACACAGAGCGUCGUCACCAGUUAUCUGGCAGUCAGAAACGUUGCAUAAGGACUAACUGUUGACACAUUUACAAGCAAUAAUUUCCCAUUCGGGGUUUGUGUGACUGCAGCCUUUUAAAAACUUGUUUUCAAACUGAAGAGGCCUCCUCAAACCUUCUUCUCCAUGUGGAACAUGACUGAAUAUUGUUUCUCAUUUCAAAACCGAAAAACAUUGCCCCUUAAGGACUGGAGCGCGUCUCUUUAUGCCACCUGCUGGCCAGACUGACAGCUACUUUUACCUAAACCUAAACUACACACAAACACAGGUGUAGUUUAAUUAAUUGUAUUCAAGAUACAAAUAAAAUUUUAAAAAUCCAUAGAAAUUUCAUUAGAAUAAACAAUGCAGAAUUAGCUCCAGAUUUAGACCAUUUCCCGGUUUGGGCCUGUUGGUAAUGCUCUUUUUUUUAAAGAUCUAUGUCUAAGCUGUGCUUUGCUCAUAGCUUCACAAGACCACAGUAAUAUAAUAACAUUUUAAUAAAUGAAACGUGUUCUUACUAUUAACAGGCCUGAUACGGUGGUGCCUCAGUAUUUGAGUUACGUUAGUGUCAACCUACUACAGUAGUUAUUAAAGUGGAACUGAAUACUGAAUAUGUGAGAAGACGAUGUAAUUGCACCUUGGUCCUCAAAUGAAAUUGAUGUGUCCACCAUUACACGCAGACCCAAAGUUUAAACGCAGACGUUGCACCUUUUUGUCACUCAAGGGAGGCGUGUGUUUGUCUAGAGACGCAGAAGGAGGAGAUAGAGGAGGCAGCCAAAAAGUCUUUAUAAAAAAUGCAAUAGAAACAUUUCGCUUGGUGCGCCUGUUUGUUACACUAAGCACUCUGUAGCCAUAGCCAUAUAUUCAUUUAGUUCCAGGCCCUGCUUGUCUUUUUGUUGGGUCCUUCGACCCCCCCCCCCCCCCCUCCCCCGUUAGGCGGCUGUUAACUCCGUGCCUGAGCGACGAGGCUGCCGGUCGGUCUCUCACAGUCGUCAAUAAGUGUCCCACUAUAUCCGUCUUUGAGAAUGUGAAGCUCCUCUUGUGCUUUGAAACGUGUUCUGACCGUGUGAUUUUGAUGAUUCUGAUCUGAUUCAUUCGUCCGUACGCCGGGCUGAUGGCAGCGUUCGGGUGACCCAGUGAGGCGAGGCCGGUCCCACGCCGGGCAGGUGGAGUCACUUUAAAGUAUGAGGGAAAGAGCUGGAGUAGAAAGGGAAAACAUCGAGAUAGAAUACUUGUCGUUUUGUUUUGUGUCCUUUUUUUGACUAAAAUUGAAGAGGUUUCGUUGGCAACACAUGAAUCCUAACCAAACGCGCCUCGACGGUCCGGCUCGUUUUGAAUCGUCCGGAGGGAGGGAAAGGUUUUUUAAUCGUGAGCCACAAAUGUGUCUGCUUCUCAUUGUGUGUCUGUCCAUCAGCCCGCGGUGCCAAACUGCCCCCCCCCACCCCCCCCUGCUACUGGGUUUGGUCCCAAUAUGUUUACAUCUCUGAUCUUACUACAUUUCAAUACUUGUAUCAAGUUCAGGGUAAAGUUAAAGGCGUGUAGGAGGUGCUGUCUGGAUCACACCGUUAUCAAAUAGAGACUUUGAUAGCUUUGUUUUAGUGCCUUUUGGAAAAGAAAAGAACCCAGCAACCAAAACCCUUACCCAGCAACUCACAUGCUCAUGAAGUUUCUUUUCUACUUUUUUCUUUUUCCGGCCGUUGGCACUUUUCCUGUGUAAAAAUGAAAUGCAUGAUGCGUGCACAUUUCUGCACAGUUUUGACACUACAGGCAGUUUCCUGGACAUGUGUUGUUUGGUUUUUCAGCAGACCGCCAGCCAAAACAGAUCUUUAUGCAGAUUUAAAUCCAUGUUUUAAAUAUGUCCCACUGUUUGCUUUUCUUUUUUUUUAAGGGCUAUGUAUCUGUUUAAUUAUUCUUAAAUGCUUUUUGAACAGCAUUAAAUCUCUGGCUCUUUAUAGUAU